UUCAUUCUGUAAUACACCUGCUUUGGGAUGAUCAUUAUUUAACAGUAAUUAUUAAUAACCCAUGCGCUCAGGGUUUUAUAUUUACAUGUUGCAUGAGCAGCGACUUAUUAAUACUCGCCUUCUUUUAGGUUAGUGGGCUAGUUGAUGCAGACAACUGGAAAAAUCCCAUGCAGGCACCGAGGACACACUUCUCUCCGUCACGUGUAGCAGCUCUUUGUAAAGGUUAACGCGGCUGUGCAGCCCUCCGGGUUAACCCUUCAGUAGGCUCUCGCAGUCUAGAAGGAGCACAACACAAUCCAGAGCACACCGACACGCACAAACCUCCGUCCUGGAUACAUGUGGACAUUUCGGUGUCUUUCUUUACAAAGCUCGGCUCGGACUGACGAUGCAGAGCCAGGAAUAGCACAGAGAUGAAGAAUGAAGUUCACGGGCUCUGCUGAGCGCAGCCGCUGCCAGCCUUUCAUCUUGCAGUCAACCGGAGAGAGACAGACAGACGGAGCGAGAGCGAAGCUCCCCAAGAGACUGACACGCUGAGGUAGACGGCCGACCUACAUCCUGCUGUUUGCAUGGAGAUCUAGGACACUUCUCUGCCAGCUCAGCUCAGUGUGCUGUUCGUACACUAAACCUUUAACAAGCAAAAGCAGAAAAGCAAGAGGCAAAGAAGAAAUUUGUGCUUUUGUAAGACUGAUCAGAUCCACUUUGGGUCUGUGAUGCUCUGAAGAGUCUGGACACUGAACCAAAAACCCCUUCAAGUGGAUAAAUGAGGGUUGCUAAUGCUGAGCUCCAGCUGUUCUUUAUCUUUCUGGCUAAUUUGGGCACUUGAGUCCCCUCCUGUCACAAGUACACUGAACCUGCAAUAAGAACUCUGUGAGAACAAGUUGUUUUUGUCACCACCCCCCUCCUCCCCUUGACCUCUUAACUGGUUCUUUCCCUACAAAAUAUUUCAAACUGGCUGAAAAAUGGAAGAUCUGACUUCAGCUCUCAAAACAUUAAACAAAAACUCAGGGAAUAACCUCAACUGCCUUGAAGCCUUCAGCAGUUAUGAAGAGUCUAUUACUUCUAUGGAAGGGAGUCCAGCUCGCUUAGGUCGCCUCAUCAAGCCCAAACCCAAUAUGAGCUGCAGGCGAAAACGCGAGUUCAUUUCAGAUGAGAAGAAGGACGCCUGCUACUGGGAGAAAAGGCGCAAAAACAACGAGGCCGCCAAGCGCUCCCGGGAGAAGAGACGUCUCAAUGAUAUGGUUUUGGAGAACCGUGUCAUUGCACUGAAUGAUGAGAAUGUGAGGCUCAAGACAGAGCUGCUCCAGCUGAAGCUGCGCUUUGGCCUCAUAAGCACUGCCUCCUACAUUGAAAAGAGCCAGCAGAUCAGUGGAAGCAACAGCACAGGAAAUGGAGGCUCCUCAUCCUCCUCCUCUUCUUCUGCCCAGUACUACUCCAGCGGUUACUCUAGCGGUUCUCAGGUGAUGAUGAACUCUGACUCCUCAGAAACAGAGCAGCUGGUGAAAUACUCCCCGCGCGGCUCCCUCUCUGACAUGUCCGACGGCUCCUCCAGGGACAGCCCAGAACCAAUGCCCUUUGAGAUCAAACAGGAAGGUGACAGGCUGGAGAUGGACAUUGCCAAUGGCACCACCACCCAGAUCAUGUUCAACAUCCACCGUGGUCUGGCCUCUGUGCCCACUCACCACCAAAUCCAGCAGCAUUCUCAGGAGCUGGAGGCUGCGUAUCACAGCCAACAGCAGCAACACCACCACCAACAACAACAACCCCAUCAGGAGCCUGUUACUGCUAUCAACACUGUCAGCCAGCCUGCCCCUCACCCACCUGCUGCCCAGAGGAGUGUCAUUCUGUAUGGCUCCAGCAGUGCCUCCUAUCCUGUGGACACCCUGUCGAGGCCCCAGGACAUCGAUGUGCAGGCAGCCCAGAAGCCGAGCGGCGGCAGCAGCCAGACGUGUGUCAGCCGGCUGCCCCAGCCCAUUACAGAGAGCUCCACAGAGACACUGGCUGAGGUGACAAAGCAGCUGGAGAGGAAGACAUUAGACUCCCCUCCAUAUGAGCUCUCAGACAGCCGUAAUGAGGCUGGAGAGAGACAGGUGUACAGAGUGUGCCAACUUCCCCAGCAGCACCUGCAGCAGGAGCAGCAGCACCAGCAGGAGAGAGAUUCGUCUGCAGAGCUCCUCCACAAACAAAUGGAGGGGGUCAACCACUCUCCCCUGUACCACCACCUCCAGCAGCCUCAUCAUUCAUACCUCAGUGCCCAAGACGAGGAGCCACCUGUGCUGACCUACGAGGGCGGGCACAGGAGCGAGGCUUACGGAAGCCAGUCGAGCUCCUCUAACAAGGACACAUCAUCCAGUGAUGGAGAUCCCCGCAGUUCUGACAAAGACGCCUCCACGGAUGAUGAUGAGUCCCCCUCCUCAUCCUGCUCAGAUGUGGGCAGCUACCACAACCAACAUCUUACCAGCCUCCACCAUCCUGCCUCGCCUCUGCCCUCCUCCCAUGGCGGCUCUCAGGCUCAGGGCCGGGACCCCCAGGGGGAGGUGAAGGGCACAGCGUUGCCCCACAAACUCAGACUCAAACACCGGGCCAUGAGCACCAGCAGCAGUGGGGGUAACAGCUCCGGCCAGGAAUCCCCAACAACCCCACCCUCUGCUACGCCGCCUCCUCUGCCCCAGCAUCCCUACCUAUCGCUCAUGCCACAGCAGAACAUUGUCCGAGAGAGCCCGGGCGGAGGCUGCAAACAGGCAUCCGCAGAGGAGGGCUCCAGCAAGGAGAGCGGUAAAAAGGAGACAGGUGGACGACGGAACAAGAGGCGAGAUUAGGUGACAAAAGACAUAAUCUCUCCUCUAAGAACUACCCUGCCAUCAUGCCUAUGCCCUAUAAUCACACCCCCUCCUCGAGCCCUUGGGACAGGAAGCUGGGCUUUUCUACUCCCCUAUACCCAAGGUUACCCAAAAGGCUGGACAUCUUGUAGGGCUGUAUCAUAUUUGUAUAUAUUGUACAGAUUUGUCAUUUCUUACAUCCUCUCCAUACUUACAGAAGCACUUUUGUUUAUGUGAUGAGAGGAGGAAUGGAACUACCUGCUUUUCUACUUAUGUCAUCCAACAAUAUUCAACAGAGCACAUCAACAUUUAGAUCACUUUCAAACAAGAAUGUAGGAAAAGGAAAAGUUUUGAGCUUUAUCAGUACUAUGAAUCUGGUACAUAUCUGACUGUAGACAAACAUACACAUGUAUGGCUAUUUGCCUUAAUUCAAAUCUAAUGCAAACGUACACUGGGGACAUUCCCUCGACCAAAGAAGCACCAACACUACAAAUAUCGAGUUCCAUACCUCUUCCCAGACCCUACCUCUACCAGCCCAUACUCUCCCCAACCACCUCCAUUCUUUCACAAGAUUGCCAUCACCUUUAUUUUUUAAGCACUUGGUUUGUAUAUUACUGUGAUAUAUGAAUAUAUGUAUCUAUUAUAAAUAUAUAUUUUACAAAGAAAUUUGAAUACAAAUUCAACAAAAAUGCGACAAACCUGCAAUGGUAAAAGAGGGUUUUUGAAAGUGACCAUCCUAUUAUGAAUCACAAUUACUGUACAGCCACGUUGUCCACUGUUGCUACGAGGGAUGUCAGUGGUUAACUGCGAGAAUAUUUCAUGGUUUCAUGUUGAUCUCUGGGUUCAUUUUGCUACUCUUCAGUUCACAGCACUGUGCACAAGCUGGUUUUGGUGGGAGCUAGCUUGUGGCACCACUCAUUUGGCGAUUACCACGAGUAAUGCCAACUAGAUGGCAUUGCUGUCGAUUAAGCUGCUUAAUUUUGUUAAUUUUGUUAGCUCUGUUAGCCUCAUUAGCAGUGUCAGCACAGGUAGUGGUGCUAACAUAAUAAACAAUGCUAAAGGGGGCUUGCAGCUUAAAAUUAAGCAGCUUACUCAUCGUGGCUACAGUAUGCAGCAAUGCCGUCCUACCACCAAGGUUCAGGAGGGUGUUAACAGCGAUAAUUCCUUAAUGAGUGGCACCACAAAUUGGCUUCCACCCAACAUACAUGGUCUGAAGUGCAGAGUGGCCAAGGCUAGCUAACCAGUGGAGACUGGAGGAUUAUUUUCCUGCAUGCUAACGCAGCUAGCUGGCUGUCUGUCUGUCAGCAAAGCCAUCACAAAAUAAAAGAAAAGGCAAGACGUUUACAGCACAAAAACAUCAAAAUUUUACCACCUUUUAAUGAAUAGCGCCUUGAGAUGGAGCGCUAAAGCUCACUAAGUCAUUGGAGCGCAGUACUAAAAGAAAAGCACCUAUUGUAUUUCAAGUCAUUUUGCACUUUUCCCCUAAAAAUUAACCAAUUAGUUACUGGUUAAUGGGUGUUGGGCCAUCAAAAGCAAAAUGAACCCAAGCUGACAUCCCUGGUUGCUUCAGGACCCAUUUGAAUCAAAACGCCUCUCUCUUGAUUGUUAAGCUUUAGCAUUAAUCAUUUGUUAAUGCCCUGUUUACACAGAAAUGGCCGUCCAGUUUGGAGCGCCAACAGCACUGAAUGGAGAACAUGUUGUUUCCUGAGGCGAGGGCCUCAUUAAAAUGUUUGGAUUUCUUAACCUUUAACCAGCCUUUAAAUAUUCGGUGGAGUUUCACCAGCUGCAGGCUAUGAGCCUUUAGUUUAUUUGAGCUUUAUCAACCAUAUCUUGUUGUUGUUACCAUUCACUGGCCCAAUGUAUUUAUUUCCCUCUUCUCCACACGCCCAUCACUGUAGAAAAGCCCACAGGAACAUAGACAGAGAAUGUGUACAGACCUUUUUAGAUACAAUACUGCAGCCUUGACUUUGAACUGUAAUGGAGGUACGGGACGCUCGGGAGCAGGAGGAGCUAAGUCACAUUCAUGUAAACACACUACAGUGCACUGAGUUCUGUUCAAGUUCCUCUUGCGUAAAGACCUAAGCAGAGUUACUGUACAUUCACUGACAUGAGGUUUGUAGUGUGACCAAGCCCCUGAGGCUCCUAAUUUAGUUAUUUUGAAAUAAAAGCUAAAAUUCUCCAUUCGGUGCCUGCGUUACAAUUCCCCAGCAACAAUCCGAGCUUGAAUUAAUGAAGAAAAAGGAGCUCCCUCGCCUCCCAUGUGCCUCCAUUAUUCAUUUCAGGGGUUAUUCAUCCCUUUCUCAUAGUAGUUCUGCUACUGGGCAGUGAUGAAUUGCCUGCACUGGAUCCUAUUUUAACAAAAGUCUAUGUACCACGUUUGGCUUUUUGGUGCUUGUGUAUAAAUGUAAAGUUCCCCCACCCUCGAACAACACUGUAAUGUUUAUUUCAUCAGUUUUAUAUCCUCUUUUUUUCGUCAAGGUGUUGUUCUGUUUUUCUCUAUACUGUGUCUUUUCUCCUAUUGACUGUGAUGACAUGUAUUUGCCUCAUUCCCCCCCCCCC